AUGCCGAAGACGGUAGGCGAAGUUGUGGUCCGCGGUGCGGUCAUUCCUGCGGCUUGCAUUGUCUCCCUUGCGCGGAGAAUUAACCUGUGUCUGAUCCUAGCGGCAUUGAACAGAGUUCAUCAUACGAAGAGGGCAAGGUCACGUCGCGUGAAACACUCACUUUCGCGUGUAACAAUCACUCAUCCACACACAUACGCAGAAGAAAGCCACAUGUUACCCAGCAUUGUGGAAACCAUCUCUGAAGCUUUGGCAAGUGAGAAGCUCAAAUCCGUUCCUGACAUAGUCCUUUGGGCCGGAGAACAAGCUGUUUCGGCGCGUAACCCGAUGAUCAAGUCCGAAGAAACUCCUGAGGAUGGCAAUGAGUCGCCAACUGAGACUUUGUCUCCCGACUCGUUCCAAGACGACAAGGCAUCUGAAGUCACGCGCGUCCAUUCAACGGAAGAGUCCUUCAGGGAGAGCGAGUCCGAUUGUGAUCGACCCUUAUCAAUCAUAAAUCCCAAGAUCCUCUAUCGGUCUAGUUCAUUCAAAAUGCCUAGCUCCCGCACGACGAGUGUUGCCGUCUCCAUAAAGCGCGGUCGGCAAUGGAUGGCAACAUAUUAUCGCAAGGCCAUCUUCCGGAAGUUCGUCAUUAUCUGGAAACGCGUUACUGCUGAUCUGAGCGAGGCUCUAACUUACCGGGUCAAUUUGAGCUCGUCAAACCGAGGAGAGUUAGUUGGUGGAGAAGGGGCUCAAUUUGUAGGCGCAAGAGGCGCUCAGAAACCGCGAAGUCUUCUGUAGCUCAAAAUGAAUAAAUGAAGAAGAAAUGGACGAUAGUCGCUUUUGAUAAGCGAAUCCCGCUGAUAAUACCCCGCAUUCUUUGUCACUUUCAAUGUCGUACAUAUAUUGUAGCAAUAGCCUAUAAAUAUUCCAGUUAACAUUACCAUCACAACUUGGAAGAAUACGGUAGAAUGAAAUGUCUGUUACUUGCUGGAUUAGUAUAAGAUUGAAACUCAGCUGCGUUCGUGAUUUCGAGGAUUGUUGAUCAAUAUCACGUUAAUGCAGAUGGUAGCAGUGCUGAGUGAUCACAUUUCCCGCAUAUUGCUUUAAAAGGUGUGCUUGUAUGUGAUAGUGGCAAAAGAUGUAGGUACAAGAACCUGAUGAAGUCUGGAGAAGCAGAAUACCCAUUGAUACAGCUCCAAUGAGAGGGCGCAAGUUUCCGGCGGAUGACUGGGCAUACACUUCGGCCUGAUCCGAUUUGUAGUAGACACAUUGACAAAUUGCGAGUGUAUGUCUUCGAUCUUUCAAUUGCCGCGGC